UUCUCAGUGUUGCCUUUCCUACAUAAUGGCACUUCAGCCCAAAUUUGCCGGGCAGCUGUUGGCUGCUCACGCUCAGCAACCCCCCCACACGCUUGAGUUCUACCUCGACUACGUUUGCCCUUUCUCCGCGAAAUUCUUCAAUACGUUCUAUACUUCAGUAAAGCCACUCGUUGAAAGGAAAUAUUCAUUGAAACUUCGUGUCAUUUUCCGCCAGCAUAUUCAGCCGUGGCAUCCAUCAUCGACGUUGACACAUGAAGCCGGUGCAGCUGUCCUAAAAGCGGCGCCUGAAAAGUUUUGGGAAUUCAGCGCCGCCCUUUUUGAGCACCAGAAAGAGUUUUUCGAUAUUAGCGUUGUUAAUGAAACACGCAACAAGACAUAUGAAAGACUGGCGAAAAUUGCAGCACGUGUAGGCGUUAGUGAGAAUGAGGUAUUGAAGCUGUUGGUUGUCAAUGAGAAAGCUAGCCACGAUGGAGAACUGAACACUGGCAAUGAAGUCACCAAUGAUAUCAAGCUAAUGGUCAAGUCAAAUCGUGUGAUAGGAGUCCAUGUUUCUCCAACCGUAUAUUUCAACGGGAUCGAAGAGCCAAACAUCAGCAGUAGUUUUGCAACGAGCCAAUGGGAGGAAUGGUUGGCCAAGAACAUAGUUUGAGGUUCCUUUUGAUUGUAAGAUUUUCGUGACAGGAACAGAUGUUGGAAAAAACAUUUGAUGGUGAUGGUGGCUGUGGUUUUGUCUCUUCUUUGCCGAUAAGAACUGGGCCGUACUUAUUAAACUGCACAGCGGGGCACCUAAUCUCUUGAAAUAGUCUUAGCCAUGCAAGAGAUGUACCUGCUGUCGAAUCUCAACUGUUUCAUUCAUCCCCACGUUACAAAAGUGCCGGUAACAGGCAAUUAUUCCAGGUGCGAGAUUGAAAGAUUACUGUGACAGAGGGGGUUGGUAGUUCAAAGGGCGC